AUGCGCUUCAUCAGCACCCUCGCCGUCUCCGCGGUAGCUGCCGCGGCCCAGUCACCGUACGACCAGUGCGGCGGCAUGAGCUACGCGGGGCCCACAAACUGCCCUGCCGGGUACACCUGCACGACGUACAACCCCUACUACGCGCAGUGCUACCCGAGCACCCCAGCGGCGACUCCCAAGCCGACCCCGUCCUCUUCUUCGUCUUCGUCCGCCGUAACCGUACCCCCAGUAACCACUACCACCACUACCACCACCAAGGCCUCGUCCACCAAGGCCCCCACUACCGCGCUCAGCUCGAGCACUGGCGUCUCCAGCCCGACACCAACAACGCUCCAGUCAGGCUGGUACUGGAUCCGCGCCGUCGCCGCACCGAACUUCCACAGCUACCUGCAGGGCGCAGCACAGCCGACGGCGCCCGCGUCGUCGUCCCUCACGGCACUGAUCUCGUCGGCUGCCUCGGCAGGACAGUUCAACGUCGUGUCGGGGCAGCUGGUGUGGAACCGCGGCAACACGCAAUACUACCUGCACGUGGAGAACGCGGCCGACAAGACGCAGCGCACGCUGCGCACGUGGUUCGAGCCCGCCGUCACCAACCCCUACGGCGUCUUCGCCUUCCAGGGCGACACGCUGACCUGGUCCGCGCCCGACCUCGCGCGGCCGAACGUGGCCGCGUGGCUGGUCUGCGGCGACGCCAAGGAGCUGUUUGUCAACACCGGCGCGUAUCUGUACAACACCCCGGCCGGGUGUGCGGAUCAGACUAUACACUCGUAUGGCGGGUCCACGGCGGAUGUGUGA